UGUACCCGUGUAAUGGUCCGCGUGGGGUCUUAUUUUCUCCGGCACGUUCAUCCAGUUGUCCCUUUAAUUUUUUCCUCCGCAAUGGAAACUGCUCAUCCACCAUCAUCAGUGGCUGCUCUUUGAUCUUGAGGCACAAUGUACGCAUGCGCCGCUCAUUGGGUUUACUGCACUGGCUGGAGUAAGUUAGAUGUACGCUGUGUUCGGCGGGUCUAAAAUCCCAUCAAAACUGUUGCGAUGGAGAGAAUGAGAAAAACACACUCGGUUUUCUUGUUAUGCCCUUUAAUUAUGACUGCUGUGUGUGCGCAAAGCAAUAGAGACGCUAGCAACAUGCCCGUGGUGAAAGACACGGUAGACAGACUGAUGAAAGGAUACGACAUCCGACUGAGGCCAGAUUUUGGAGGUGCUCCUGUAGCCGUCGGGAUGAACAUAGACAUCGCCAGCAUAGACAUGGUGUCUGAAGUAAAUAUGGACUACACGCUGACCAUGUACUUCCAGCAAGCGUGGCGUGACAAGCGUCUCUCGUACUCGGAGAUCCCGCUGAACCUGACGCUGGACAACCGCGUGGCCGAUCAGCUCUGGGUCCCUGACACCUACUUCCUCAACGAUAAGAAGUCCUUUGUCCACGGCGUCACCGUGAAGAACCGUAUGAUCCGCCUGCAUCCUGAUGGCACCGUGCUGUACGGAUUAAGGAUCACCACCACAGCAGCCUGUAUGAUGGACCUGAGGCGAUACCCACUGGAUGAGCAGAACUGUACACUGGAGAUAGAGAGCUACGGCUACACCACAGAUGACAUUGAGUUCUACUGGAGGGGAGGAGAUGGGGCUGUGUCCGGUGUGGAGCGAAUCGAGUUGCCUCAGUUCUCCAUCGUGGACUACAAGCUCAUCUCCAAGAAUGUGGUCUUCUCCACAGGUUCAUACCCACGUCUCUCUCUCAGUUUCAAGCUGAAAAGGAACAUUGGCUAUUUCAUCCUGCAGACAUACAUGCCGUCCAUCCUGAUCACCAUCCUGUCCUGGGUCUCCUUCUGGAUCAACUACGACGCCUCAGCCGCCCGUGUGGCACUAGGCAUUACCACUGUCCUGACCAUGACCACCAUUAACACGCACUUGCGAGAGACCCUUCCCAAGAUCCCCUACGUGAAGGCCAUCGACAUGUACCUGAUGGGCUGCUUCGUCUUCGUCUUCCUCGCCCUGCUGGAGUACGCCUUUGUCAACUACAUCUUCUUCGGUCAGGGCCCUCAGAGGCAGAAGAAAGCAGCGGAGAAGGCGGCCACUGCCAACAACGAGAAGCUGAGGCCCGACCCGAACAAGUGGAUGGUGGGAAAUGUAGCUCAGAGAGACGAUGCUCUGUAUGCCAGAAUGAAACAGAGGGAAAUUGACGUGUAUGACUCCAUGUGGGAUCCGGUCUUUGCCGAGGAUGCUGCGUUAGGACUAGGCGAACAGAGACUUAAGAUGACCCCAGAUGACAUCCGUCUGACCACGGUGGAGAUGAAGAAUGAGAUGGGCGCGGGGGCGGAGCUGGGGCGGGGCCUGGGCGACCCGCGCGGGGCCAUGCUGGCCUACGACAGUUCCACGCUGCAGUACCGGCGCGCGGCUCUGGGCCGACAGGGCUAUGGGCACAGCGCCCUGGAGCGCCACGCGGCGCCCAAGAAGAGCCGUCUGCGCAGACGUGCCUCGCAGCUUAAGGUGAACAUCCCGGACCUGUCCGACGUCAACUCCAUCGACAAGUGGUCGCGCAUGAUCUUCCCCACUGUCUUCUCCUUCUUCAACGUGGUGUACUGGCUCUACUACGUCCAUUAGGAGGCGCUGGGGACAGAGAGAAGGACCCAGACAUCUUUAAAGGGGUGGAAACAGAAGAAAAAAACACUGCACCCCCUUUUUGCUGAUUUGUUUCUCUAUAUAUACAUUUUAUGGAGGCAAAGACGUGAGCGCAGAGAGGAAGUGGGGUCAGGACCGACUCUUUUUUGGUUGUUCUGAGAUCACCAUAGUGACUGACCAAUGCAGCAAUGCCAGAAGAACACAGAUGAGACCUGCUGGAGUUUCAGUAUAUCGCAUAGAUUUGUCAUUUGUAGCUUACUCUGUGGAUCAAAUCUUUAUGCUCGUGUUUGCAUAUAUUUUAAGAAUUUCUUUGUUUUUGUUUUUGUUAGUAUAUAUGUUUACAUCAGAGCCAGUGCUAGCUGCAUCCGGGAAGAUUUCACGGAUGAUUUUAAGACAUCGUUGAUGGUCUAUUUUCCCUUUUAAACGCAUGCUUUGGUUUGUUCUCAUUUCUGUAUUUUGCAGUGAGAUGAAUCACUGUGCAUUUUAGUUAGACUAGCUAACGGUUCUGUUUGUUAUAAUGAGUUUGUCUUUAUGGGGCCUAACAGGGUAAACACAUAAUGGCCAUCAUAAUGUCAUCUCUGGAGCAGAUGCCAAUAGGCCAGUAGGGGGAGCUCUUUCUUGUUGACCCACCACACUGUCUUUGGCUCUCCUGUAGUGGGGACUCUGACCUUUCAGGGAAAACACAACAGGACAAGCAAGCAUCACGGAGGACACGUGAGCCGUUGUCCUGGUGAUCGGACGAGCAGUAUGGUCCACUAUUCUCACGGUCCGCUACAGGAGGGUCUUAGAGACCAUGGACAACAUGGCCGACUAUAAUGUCUCAACUGUUCUUGAUGAAAUGGUGCCAUGGGCAAGAGGUUCCCCUUGACAUAAAAGAUACAACAUAGCAGUAAUUCAUUAUCACUAUCAAUAAGUUUAAGUUAAUAAAAACUCAUAGAUGAUAUUAAAUCAUGUUAAAUAGAAAAAAUACGCAAUUUUAUAAUUCAGUAGCUAUAAUAUCAGAUGUUAAUGUUAUAAAUCAUUAUUUAAACAUGUAUUUUUUGGUGUAUCAGGUUUGUUAUGGUUGAGGAAGAACUUUAUUAGUGUAGUGCAGGAGAGUAACCCUGCACAAGCACAUGCUGAGAGUACAGACUACUGAAAAUGAAAGACUACUGAAAAUGAAAGAAUUGUUGCUUUGAAGUACCAUGACAAAACAGGGCAGUAACCUGAUAGAACAUUCAAAGCAUCUGUAAGGCAAUUUUGUAUACAAUCUUGUAAAUUCUAUUGAUAUUUCAUAAAAACCUGUAAAUAUAAAUUGUGUAAUGACUGUCAACAAUACCAAAAUGUAUCUUAAUUAAAUUAUUAAAGCUGAAUUAAUAUAUGA